AAUUAAAAGAAAUAGAAAAUGAAGUAAAAGUAAAACAUGGUUGAUCAAGAAGGAAAACAGUACGAGAAAAUUCUUCAAUUCGCCCCAUUUUCUAGUGCUGUGGAUGCUGGAUUUUGGAGCAGUUUACAGCGCAAGAAAUUGGAAGAUUAUCACCUAGAUGAAUCUGCUAAAAUACUCAGGGGGAAUUAUGUUAUAAAUGAUCUAGAUGGAUUGCCAUCAAGGUUCAACAUUGAUUUUGAUGCAUUGGAUGGGAAUUCUCAAAUAUCAAAGAACUGUUUUAAUUGCAAGGGUGAACUUCACAACACAAAUACAAUUGAAAGUUUUAAAGCAUUAGACAAGCAGAAACUGCUGGAGUCAAUUGGAAAGAAGAUAUGGGAAAAUAUUGUGUCAAAGAAGGUAGCAGAAGAACCAACUCUUCUCAAUCAGUUUAUUUUACUUACAUUUGCAGAUUUGAAGAAAUAUCAGUUUUACUAUUGGUUUGGAUUUCCUGCUCUUUGUCCAGGAAGAAGCAUAGUUAUGAAAGGUCCAGCUAGACCUAUAGCCGAUGUAUUUACACAAAACCAGGUUUCAAGUCUUCAAGAGUCUUAUGAUAAAUUAAGAGAAAACUGCGCAGUUCCAUAUUUUUUGGCCAAGAUUACAAAUGAGAAAGUAAGCUUGGAUCAUAUUCGGAACUGGGACUCAUUCUACGAAAAAAAUACAGAUACGGUGACAGUUGGUUUUGCCGAUCCCUGUACAUUGCUAAAUAAUCCUGGCUGGCCUUUGAGGAAUUUUAUUGCGUUUAUCAGUUUUCACUGGGGUAACGAUUUAAAGAGCAUUCGUGUGAUCUGUUACAGAGAUCGUGUUAGAUGUGGAGUUAGAGAAAUUAGUCAUAGCAUCAUAGUAGAAUUUGAUACAGUUUCAUUUCAAACAGAUUUUCCCAAAUGCGUGGGUUGGGAGAAGAACCAUCGUCAAAAAUUAGGCCCGAGAAUGGUCGAUCUCAGCUCGACUAUGGAUCCUAACAAACUUGCUGAAUCUGCCGUCGAUCUGAACUUAAAACUAAUGCGUUGGCGCUUAAUGCCUGAAUUAGAUUUGGAGAAGAUUGCUCAGACCAAGUGUCUUUUACUUGGUGCUGGUACUUUGGGCUGUAAUGUAGCCCGGCUACUUUUGGGCUGGGGUGUGCGAACAGUUACAUUUGUUGACAAUGGUGUAAUAUCCUAUUCCAAUCCAGUCAGACAAAGUUUAUUUGAAUUUUCUGAUUCUAAAGAUGGUGGCAAAGGAAAAGCUGAAACAGCAGCUGCUGCACUCCAAAGAAUAUUUCCUGGUGUAAAUUCGUCCUGGCAUAAUUUAUCAAUUCCGAUGCCUGGCCACACAAUCGCGCGGAAUGAAAUUGAAGAAAAGACAGCCCAAGAGACUGUUGAAAAGCUUGAUAGUCUUAUUAGUGAACACGAUGUUGUUUUUUUAUUAUUGGAUACAAGAGAAAGUCGAUGGUUGCCGACAGUCAUUGCAGCUACAAAGGGAAAAAUUGUUAUAAAUGCUGCCUUGGGUUUUGAUACGUAUCUUGUAAUGCGACAUGGUUUAAAGAAAUUCACUGAAAUCAGUGGUUCAUCUGAGCAAUCAUCAUCCUCCAAUGUUUCCUGUUCCACAAUACCUGGCCAUAUGCUUGGGUGUUAUUUCUGUAAUGACGUUGUUGCCCCCGGAGAUUCGACUAAAGACCGCUCUCUUGACCAACAAUGUACAGUAUCCCGACCUGGCAUGUCUUACAUUGCAAGCUCUAUGGCUGUAGAACUACUUGUCUCUGUUUUACAACACCCCAUGGGUGCUGAUGCUAUUGCUGACACUAGUGCUGGUGAACAUCAUCUAUCGUCAGAGUUUAGUUCAUCACUCGGCUUAGUCCCACAUCAGAUCCGUGGAUUUCUUUCAAGAUUUCACCAAGUCCUACCUGCCAGUCUUGCAUUUGAUAAAUGCACAGCUUGUUCAGAAAUCGUUUUAACAAAAUAUGUCAGGGAAGGGUUUCCUUUUCUUCUUCGUGCAUUUAAUAUACCUAAAUAUCUCGAGGAUCUGACAGGAUUAACCAAGUUAAUGGAGGAUACAAAGUUACUUGACGUCUGGGAAUUCAGUGAAGAUGAAGACAGUGAUGCACUCUAGCUGAGAUCUACCUCAACGCGUUGCUAAAGUUAUUGCAGACUUAUUUGAAUGAAAGGGCAAAUGUUUAUAUAGUACUUAGUACUUUAAUUAUUUGUCUCAUGAUACAAAAUUACUCUACAGUACUUUUAAAGUCAAUGAAUAUAUGAAAGAUGCGGGGACGUGAUAGUUGCCUCGGCGACCUCCAUAGAUUAGAUUAAAUGGGAACCUUAGUGAUAGUAAUGCAGCUAUUUAGAGGCCUAUUGACAAGCUGG